AUGGCGGACAGAAAAGCCAUGGUGGUUGCCAUCUCCGGCUGCUCAUCAAGCGGCAAGACGACGCUCUCACGGCUUCUACGGGACAUCUUCCCAAACACCUUUAUCCUUCACGAGGAUGACUUUUACAAGACGGAUAAAGACAUUCCCAUGAAGAAUGGCGUCGCGGACUGGGACUGCGCGGAAGCAAUCGACAUCCCCGCCAUGACCGAAGCCGUGGCAUACGUCCGCCAGCACGGCCACGUUCCACCCACGUUGAACUCCAUCGAGGACCAAAACUCCGUCGGCGCCUGCCCCGUGCCCGAGCCUCUCAUCGCCGCGCUCAAAGGCAAGGUCUCCUCCGCCCUCCCCGCGCAGCACCCCCUCCCCGCGCAGCACCCCCUCCCCGCGCAGCACCCCCUCCCCGCGCAGCACCCCCUCCUCCGGCCCGGCCUGCGGCUGUGCCUGCUGGACGGGUUCCUGCUGUACAGCCGGUCGAUGGCCGCGCUGGGGCGCUCGCUGGACGUCAAGGUGCUGCUGCGGGCGUCGCAUGCGCGGGCCAAGGCGCGCCGCGAGGCGCGCGACGGGUACGUCACGCUCGAGGGCUUCUGGAGGGACCCGCCGGGGUACGUGGACGAGGUGGUGUGGCCCAACUAUGUUGAGGAGCACGCGUGGCUGUUUGAGGGGGGAGACGUGGAGGGGAGGUACAGGGAGGAGGUGCUCCGCGAGGAGGGCAUAAGGGUGCCGGGCGGAGGAGCGCUGGAUGCGGACUUGGCGGAGACGCUGGAGUGGCUGGUGGACAUAAUACUGGAGGAACUGGAAAAGUACAAGGAGUGA